AUGUCCUUCUCAUUUGGCUUCGCAGGCGACGAUAUUUCUGACGACGAGCAGAACUCCUCGACUGUCAAGCCAACAGCCCCAGCUCCUGCGGCUACUAACAGUGCAUUUCCUGUCGCAGGAAAACCUCAGCUUCCACCAACUCUCCACCAACUAUCUGAUCUUCUCGCCCAGCAGCCGUCCAAGAUCGCCUACAGUCUUCUUGAUGUUAAGCUUGACGAUGGAACUAGUGUUCAGUUGCCGCGGAGAGAGCUGUGGGAUGUGAGGGUACAGCUGAUGGCUGAGGAGGAGAAUCUCGCUGGAGCGCAGUCCGAGGGCCUGGGUAGUCAUGAUGUGAAAACGGGGGUUUAUGAGGGUGGCUUCAAGAGUUGGGAGAGCAGUGUUGACCUUGUAAAAGUUCUGGCUGCGAACAAGGCUAUCUCAACGUUGGAACAGAAGCCUUUUCGAGUUAUGGAGCUUGGAUGUGGAACUGCGUUACCAUCUCUGGCCGUCUUUCAAUGGGCCAUGACCUCAAAUUCAGAAAGGAAGCCUCUGUCUCUCAUCUUGGCAGACUACAACCCUUCAGUCCUCCAACUGGUCACUCUUCCCAAUUUCAUUCUCUCCUGGGCUCUUAAUAACACUCAGCUACCCGCUCUUCAAGAAGCCUUCUCAAUCGAGGGUGAAGUCGAGCUUGGUCCUGAUGUCCUUGCAGCUUUUCAACAGUCCCUCCAAGAAUCAAACAUCACACUUUCUUUUAUGUCCGGUGCAUGGUCACAAGAGUUUGUAGAUCUCCUCUACACUCUACCUUCAGGCAAUGGUCAGCCAAACGCUACCUUGAUUUUGGGUGCCGAGACGAUCUAUUCGCCGUUUGCUCUCCAAGCUUUCCUUGAGACUCUCUUCUUGAUCCUAGAAAGGGAGCUAGAUACUGAGGGCAGCCAAGCAGGCGCCUAUAUUGGCGCAAAACGCUUAUACUUUGGCGUUGGCGGUUCGCUUGAUGAUUUCAUUGACAAGGCACGUCAGAAAGGCGCCAAGGUAGAGCAACUGAGAGAAGAGGCGGAGGGGGUCAGGCGUGGUGUUGUCGAAUGCGUCCUCGGGCCUACGUAA